GCCUCCGCGCGCCACAGGCGGAAGCAGCUCGCGAGGCUCUUGAGGCAGGCUGGCGGACGCUUCCUCAGGCCUUCGGCGAGGUGGCGGCGGCGGCGUCUUCUUCCCCGCGACUCAAGCGUUCACCUCGCCUCGACCGCACCAGACUCCUCCCGCCCGUCCCGGGCCGAGCGCCGGCGCCAUGUCAGCCUACCCACGGAGCUACAACCCGUUCGACGAGGACGCGGAGGACGAGGACGCCCGGCCGGCGCCGUGGUCGGACAGCCGCGACCUCGCGGACGGGCCCGGCGCGCCCACCGACCGGCAGCAGGCCCUGCGGCAGGAGGCUCUGCGCCGGGCCGAGGCCACGGCCGCCAGCACCGGCAGGUCCCUGUCGCUCAUGUACGAGUCCGAGAAGAUCGGGGUCGCCUCCGCCGAGGAGCUCGUGCGCCAGCGAGGGGCCUUGGAGCGCACGGAGAAGAUGGUGGACAAGAUGGAGCAGGACCUGAAGACCAGCCAGAAGCACAUCAACUCCAUCAAGAGUGUGUUCGGGGGGCUCGUCAAUUACUUCAGGUCCAAACCCGCAGAGACCCUGCCUGCGCAGAAUGGCAUGCUCGCCCCCCAGCCCAGUGGCAGGUUGAAAGAGGCCAUCAGCUCCAGUAAAGAGCAGGAGGCACAGUACCAGGCCAGCCACCCGAACCUCAGGAAGCUCCAGGACUCAGACUCCGUCCCUGGAGGAGCUUGUUCAGCUCUGAGCUCCGAGGACUACCCACAGAACCCGCAUCUUCGCGCCUGUCACCAGAGGAUCGACAGCAACCUCGAUGAGCUGUCCAUGGGUCUGGGCCGGCUGAAGGACAUCGCGCUGGGAAUACAGACGGAGAUUGACGAGCAGGACGACAUCCUUGACCGCCUCACAAGCAAGGUGGACAAGCUGGACGCCAGCAUCACCAGCACCGAGAGGAGAGUGCGGCAGCUCUGAGGCGGUGGCGGACUGCUGGCCCACUGCAGCGAAGGGAUUUCACAGGUCUUUUAAACUCCCGAGAAACUUCACUUACUACUUCAAAAUGUGAUUUAACAUGUGUUUGCAGAUGUUGUAACAGUGUGGGUUUCGCAAGAUUUUGUUUAGAGCACACGGGCCCCCCCUUCCCUCAGGAUCCUGACCAGAGAGCUAUGGGCCGGGCGGCGGGCAGGCCAGCCAGAGUCUCCACGUGAUGUGUGUCCCCCAGGCCGCCCACGGCAGAGCGCCAAGGGCCGCGAGACUCCAGGUUGCAGACGCUCCCCCGCCAUGAGCCCAUCGUGAUGCUCUGAGCCCCAGGAGAGGCCCAGCGGCAAGUUCGGGGUGGAGGGGAUGGGCGUCCUCGCUGUUUCAUGGACAGACACCACCUCCUCCCCUCCUGUCCCCUGAACUCAGCAGGUGUUUGAUUUCAGGAGGAGAAGGGAGUUCAGACCCGCCCUGCUCCCUGUGACGCCUGGAAACACACAGGGAGCAGGUGAGCCUGGGAGCGGGCUCAGGAACAGCUUCGACCCUGGCCCCAGGCUGCGUGGCUGGCCGGCCCCGAGCACACACGGGGCAGCCCCAGAGGUGCUCCGCCGAGCUCCCCGCCCUCGGGUCCCCUGGACCAGGCCCCCACGCAGCAGUGUGACUCCGUGCCUGGGGUCCCCGGCCCGUCCAGGAUGCCCACCCUCUCUCCUUGCGCUGCUGGCCACACGCCUUGACUCAUCACUUGGUUGUCUGCCCCCCAGUUUUAGGACUGGAAUCCGCACAAGACAGGCUGUGCCUAGAAGCAUUGGCUUUUUAAAAGCCCAGAGGUUAUUCUAACGGGCCUAACAUGUUCUCGCUUCUCAUUUUAUUAAAGAAGAAGAAGAAUCAUUUAAAAGCACUAAUUAAAAUUGAUUUCUGAACUUAAA